GAAAAUGCCGCCUCAAAACGCCUCACAAGAGACAAUCGUUUGCUAUGCUCCGUUGAUGAUCACAACCCAUGGAAUAUGGCAAGGAGAUAACCCUUUGGAUUACUCGCUCUCGCUUUUCCUUUUGCAGCUUAUUCUCGUCGUUGUUACUACUCGCAUUCUCGUUUUCCUCUUGAAGCCAUUUCGACAGCCUCGUGUUAUCUCGGAGAUCCUUGGUGGGGUUAUCUUAGGUCCAUCUGUGAUGGGACGAAGUACAAGAUUUGCCAAUGCAGUAUUCCCACUAAGAAGUGUUACGGUUCUUGAAACAAUGGCAAAUCUCGGGCUUCUCUACUUCCUCUUCUUAGUAGGAGUAGAAAUGGACAUAGCAGUGAUCCGUCGUACCGGUAGGAAAGCAAUCUUUAUUGCAGUUGCGGGAAUGGUCCUCCCGUUUCUCAUUGGCAUCUCCUUCUCCUUCCUCUUACACCAGAGAACACAACUAGUUAAACAAGGCACCUUCAUUUUGUUCCUCGGAGUGGCUCUCUCUGUAACCGCAUUCCCAGUGCUUGCACGAGUCCUUGCUGAGCUCAAGUUACUGAACACGGACAUUGGCCGGAUUGCCAUGUCAUCAGCCCUCGUGAAUGACAUGUGCGCAUGGAUCCUUCUUGCCAUAGCUAUCGCGUUAGCUGAAAACGAGAAUGUUAACCUUGCUACUUUAUGGGUAGUGUUGUCCAGUGUUGGGUUUAUAGUGUUUUGUGUUUUUGUGGUUCGUCCCAUGAUAUCAUGGGUUAUUCGGAAGACACCAGAAGGGGAAACCGUUAGUGAUUUCUACAUCGGUCUAAUCUUGACGGGAGUAAUGAUCUCGGGUUUCAUAACAGAUGCGAUAGGCACCCAUUCCGUGUUUGGGGCUUUCAUAUUUGGGUUGGUGAUUCCAAAUGGGCCUCUAGGGGUCACACUGAUAGAAAGAUUGGAGGAUUUCGUGUCAGGGAUUUUGUUGCCACUUUUCUUUGCCAUCAGUGGGCUAAAAACGUCCAUCGGGGCGAUUGAUGGUGCGGACACAUGGGGUAUCUUGGCUUUGGUGAUAGUGCUGGCAUGUGCGGGGAAGAUAGCAGGGACUUUGUUGGUUGCUUUACUCUACCAAAUCCCCUUCUACGAUGGAGUUGCUCUUGGAUUUCUAAUGAACACUAAAGGCCUAGUUGAAAUGAUUGUCCUCAACGUUGGAAAGGAUCAGAAGGUGUUGGAUGAGAAAACUUUUGCCAUAAUGGUGAUGGUUGCAUUGGUGAUGACGGCGAUAAUCACUCCGGCUGUGACAAUACUUUACAAACCGGCAAGAAGAUCUGUAACCUACAAGCGCAGAACCAUCCUGAAAACAAAACCGGAUACUGAUUUGAGAACCCUUAUCUGCAUCCACACGCCAAGAAAUGUACCCACCAUCAUCAACCUUCUGGAAGCCUCCAACCCAACUAAGAGGUCCCCGCUAUGCAUCUUCGCCCUCCACCUGGUGGAGCUCACUGGUCGAGCCUCCGCCAUGCUCAUUGUACACAACAGCCGCAAGUCUGGUCGGCCUGCAGCCAACAGGACACAAGCCCAGUCCGAUCACAUCAUCAAGGCUUUUGAAAACUUUGAACAACAGACAGGAUACAUAUCCGUCCAACCCGUUACUGCAAUCUCCCCUUACUCCACUAUGCAUGAAGACAUUUGUAGAGUUGCGGAGGACAAACGUGUAGCGUUUAUCAUCCUCCCGUUUCAUAAGCAACAAACAGUAGACGGCGGAAUGGAAGCUACAAACCCUGCUUACCGUCUAAUUAAUCAAAAUGUUUUGGCCAACUCUCCUUGCUCGGUUGGCAUUCUGGUGGACCGAGGCUUCGGUGCCACCUCCAGGAUCGCCGUUGGAAAUCAGAUUGCACACCAUAUCGCUGUUGUAUUCAUUGGCGGACCAGAUGACCGUGAAGCUUUAGCAUUCGCGUGGCGUAUGUCCGGCCAUCCAAGCAACACUCUCACAGUUAUGCGGUUUAUUGCCGGUGAACCACAAACUUCUGGUAGAAACGAUGACCCUGGAAUUUUGACGGUGGUGACGGAUAGCGAUAGAGAGAGACAAAAAGAUGAAGAGUUUAUAAACCAGUUCAAAGCAAGGAUAGCAAAUGAGGGGUCGAUAGUUUACAACGAAACAGUGGUGAACAACGGGGAGGAAACAAUGGCAGCGAUAAGAUCAGUUGAUAACGACCACGAUUUGUUUAUCGUAGGGAGAGGUCAGGGGAUGUCACCGUUGACCGCUGGGUUGACAGACUGGAGUGAAUGCCCGGAGCUAGGAGCAAUUGGUGAUUUGCUCGCAUCUUCGGAUUUUGCAGCUACGGUUUCAGUACUAGUGAUCCAACACUAUGUGGGAUCCGAUGAUCUAGAAGAUUUUGGUGAUGCAGCAUCCCCGACGGAUAGCCCAAGAAACCACCAAGAACCCCCUUUUACUCCAAAGAAUACUAACCAGCACCACCCAUUCCAAUCCCCGAAGGGGUCGUCUUCGUAUAUGUAG